AUGUUGCCGGCUGUUCUCCCCCAAGCGCGGAUAUAUGUGUUUGAAUGGGACGCCGAUUUCCCGAUCGACAAUCCCAAAGCAACAUUGGUUUCCCAAGCGACACUCCUCGUCGAUAGCAUAAAAGCAGAGUUGGAAUCGGAUGCUGAUCGUCCCAUCGUGUUUAUUGGGUCCGACUUUGGGGGCCUCAUAAUUGCUCAAGCUCUUGUUCGAGCGCAUCAGGACGUAGCCAAUUAUGGCUGGAUACUGCAUUGUCUGGCUGGAGUCGUAUUCUUAGGUACGCCAUUUAGAGGCGUCCAGCUCAUCAAGGUCAACCGUGCUCUGGCCGUCAUUAGACGCGUGGCCACAGGGGGUGAAAGUCUCAAAGCCCUUCGGUUCUUACAACAACUGGCCGAUGAACAGAUCGGAGAGGAGACAACCCGGGAGUUCAGCCGGCUUACACGGAUGGACUCACUGUGUAUUGAUACCCACUGCUUUGCCGAAGUCCUGCCCACGCGAAUGCACAAUCCCCGUCAUAGAUCUGAAAUAGUCAGAGUGUUGCCUGGCUCAUCGGUCAAAUUUAUUGUACCGAAAAGGUCAGCAGUUUUGGACACUGGCAACUGCACCUGCCUUGUAGCGUCUCACCACGAGAUGAACAAGUUCCGAGGACCAGAUUGUGCCAGAUUCCAGCGAAUCUCUGCUGCUGUGGCCGACUAUGCGAACAAUGCAUCUGCAGUAUUCGAGUUCCGCCAAACCUACCCUAAGAGCCGUCACUGGCUCGUCCCCUAUGACAGAAAUAACGAUUUUAUCGGGAGAGAGGGAGAAUUAUACGACCUCCUCAAUGAGAUCCGGCCCCGUGCUUGGCCUCACGCCUGCCAGCGAACAAUCAUCAGUGGAGCCUGUGGUGUGGGAAAGACCGAGCUUGCUUUGGAGGUCGCUUUUCGGUUUGCUGCCGACAACUCAGAUUGCUCGGUUUUCUGGCUCUGCGCAAGGAAUGCCACAAGCAUUAGGAAUAGCCUUCUUGAAGUUGCUAGAGUACUCGGAAUCUCUGACACCAACCAAGAUGGUUUAAUGGAAAGUGUGGUUUAUCAUCUCAACCACGAGAAUCUAGGAGCCUGGUUACUUAUCAUCGAUGGCGCCGAUGAUCUACAGCACCUUCUAAAAACCAAGGGGAAAGGAUUGGAAGGUUCGCUCCCUCGGUGCCCCAUGGGCUCCAUACUGAUAACCGCCCGAGAUCCUGUGAUCAAGGCGCAGUUUGAGAAUGCCGACUCUACCGUGCUUAUUCAUUUGGGAAAUCCAGAACCACUUCAAGUCGCUACGUGGGCUAGAAAAUGGUUCCUAGAGACUCCGCAGGCCAUUCAACUAAUGGUUGAGGGAUUACCGUUGCGAUCAGCCCGUGCAAUAAAGGCUCUCAUAUUUCUCAUCAGUCUGGGGGUCAGCCCUAACCGCAAUUUACCCAGCCGACUUCGCCACGAGAUUAAUAUGGACCACGUUCGCCGCCAUGUCGAUGCCGUACCUCACUCCGGGAAUACAGGGGCUGACAGCGACGACGAAGACAUAAUCGCCCAUAUCACCAAACUGGCCAGGACCAGCCUUGCCGAGCUUCCUUGGACGUACCUGGCCUUCCUAUCCCUUAUGAGUGAGACCGAAGUCCCAAAGUCGUUUUUCCAGCGCAAGGGAUCAUUCGAUAAUAUGGUAGUUGAGGUACUAAAUGGAGCUUCCUUUAUCAGGGCACGCCAAAACGACACAUCAUUCGACGUCGCACCAGAAGUCCGAUUAGCAGUCCGGAAAGCCUGGGAGCCCCGGCGCAUGCUGGACGCACCGGCCAGAUCUAUCAUGGAACAUUUAGUUAGCGUCCUGCCGCCGCCCACUGCCGAGAAUAGGGAUACGUGGCUCCAGUAUCAGCCGCAUGUACAGGAGGUGCUAAAGUUUCGAAAGCUUUCGGCCUGUCAGGACACCGUUGCCGUUCUGGCCACUCUCCUCGCGCAGAGUUAUGUCGAGUUCGGAAGCUGA